AUGUUCUCCACGUCUUUCUCGCGUCUUUUCACCCUUUGCUCGGCGCUGGCGUCCUUGAGCGCGAGCUACGCUGCUCCAGCCGGCCGCUGCACCCCCAAAGCCCCGUCUGGGUCGGUGCCCACUGGUCCCAAGUUUGUCGUGUACACCGACGCCGCGAUCAGUGGCAGCGUCCUGCCGCCGCUCGACCAGAUCACGGGCUUCAAUGUCGUCAACCUGGCCUUUCUCCUGACCACCGGCCCCGCUGACCAGGCCGCAAACUGGGCCGCGCUCCCGGCGGGUCAGCGCGCGACGCUGAAACGGCAGUACAACGCCGCGGGCGUGUCGCUCGUGGUGUCCGCGUUCGGCGAGACGGAGCACCCGACGUCGCAGGACCCGACGACGGUCGCGAACAACCUCGCGCAGUUUGUGCUCAACACGAACCUCGAUGGGAUCGAUAUCGACUACGAGGAGUUCGACCUCGUCCUCCAGAAGCCUGGUGUUGGCGAGGCGUGGCUCACGACGCUGACGCAGACGUUGCGCCAGCAGCUACCUCAGGGGCAGUUCAUCCUGAGCCAUGCUCCUGUUGGCCCUUGGUUCUCUCCGGGCUUCUGCCCUGGGGGUUGCUACCUCACGGUUGACAAGAAUGUCGGUGCUCUGAUUGAUUGGUAUAACAUCCAGUUUUACAACCAAUCGCCCUCCCCCGGGUACGAUGACUGCGACUCGCUCCUGAACAGCACGCCCUCCUCCGUCUUCGCGAUCCAGAAGUCGGGUGUCGACGUGAACAAGCUGGUCAUCGGCAAACCUGGAACCACGGCCGACAUCACGAACGGCGGCUUCAUCGACCCUGCAACCCUCAACCAGUGCAUCCAGACCGCGGUUGCGGGUGGCUGGAACGCCGGCGUCAUGGCGUUCCAGUUCCCGCACGCAGAUAAGACCUGGAUCUCGACCGUCAAGGGCAACGCCUUCGCCUGA